AUGCCUAUUAAGUCACUUGAGUCAUACUUAUUUGAAAGGAAAUUGGUUAAUACUAGUUCGAUUGAAAUUCUUCAGAAUGCCACUAUUGGUAUCGAUGUCGAACAUUAUUUAAGUAGAAUCUAUACCUUCAAGAAGGAACAAUUUUUAUCAGGAAUUGGAGGAAUUCCAAGCUCUUUGAAAGAUUACAUUCAUUCUGAUUUACAAGUGUUUAAAGAAUUUAACAUUAAGCCUGUUUUCAUUAUAUCUGGAUUGGGUAUUGAAUUGCAACACAAUGAUUACAAGACAAAUGAAUUAUCUCCACAAGAACAACACCUUGAAAAUACAUGGUCAAAGCUCAACUCGAAGAGCCUGAAUCCUUACGGAUAUAACAGCCUGAAUAAUGAGUCGUUUAGAUUAUUCACUGAUCCAUUGCCAUUAAGACCAAUGAUAAACGAUUUAAUUAAAUAUUUUAUUGAAAUCGGUAUUGACUAUAUGAUUUCUCCUUAUGAUGCGUCUUUUCAAUUAUCAUAUUUAUACCAAAACAAUGUGAUCGAUUCUAUAUAUGGAUCUACUGACUUAUUGUUGACGAAGAUUGAUAAAUUCAUUUUAGGAAUGGAAUUUCAAUCAAAAGACUUUAGAUUUAUUGAUAAAUUUAAAAUAUUAAAUGAAUUAAAUUUGACUGAAAAACAAUUUGUUGAUUUAAGUAUAAUGGUUGGCUGUAAAGUGCAACCAACAACGUUUCCAACUUUUCCACCUUUACCUAAACCAACACCAGGUCAACCAUACCCUCAAUUGAGCUAUUUCAAACUUCAUUUGGAAAUGAUUUACCAGUAUAAUUCUUUCAAUGGUAACAAGUCUGCUGACUUAUAUCCUUAUAUUGUGGGUUUAAAUGACCCUAAAUUAUUAGAUUUAUACUUCAGAGGACACUCUGCACUUAAAUUUGUGCCAGUUUUAAAUAUGGAUGGUUUUGUUGACUUGUAUUCAGUAGAAAUGGCCAAAUUGGGUUUGAUAGAUGAAUCAGAUUUGAUAAAAAACAAUGAUGAAGAUAGUAAUACUGAAACAGAGACUGGUGCUGAUGCUGAAACAGACGCUGAUAUUUAUGUAAAUUCCAAAUCUAAAGGAAAGGGCAAAACAGAUAACCGAGCUUCAGUCGCAGGAAAUGGCAUUCCUAAUGCUGCCAAAAGUAUUGUGAAGGUUCCUAAUAAUAUUCAUGAUAUUAUUUCACAAAGGUUACCACCUGAAAUAUAUUUCUACCAAUCAAUAGGAUUAUUGCGUAUUGAAAUAUUGGAAUCUAUAACACAGGGUCAAUUGAACAUUAGACCACCUCUUGAAAGUGGAUUAAGCGAUACAUAUAAAAAGUUGAUUACUCUACCACAGUAUAAUAAAUUAUUAGAUCUUCAAUUUAAUUUAAUCACUCAACUAUUAGCCAGAUAUUACCAAGUUAAGAAAAUUAAGGUAGACUACUGGUUUAAGGAUGAAUUAAUUGAGUUAAACAACAGAUUGACACCUCCUUUCUAUCAACAAGUUAGCCAUUUGGUGCAUACCAGCGACAAUUCAGGCGACAAAUUUAGUUUGUCUAAAUUCUUUACCGAAUUAGGGGAAGAAUUUAAAACAGGUCCUGUGUCCAAUAAGGAUGUUAAAAGUAAUGAAGAUAUAAUAUCUACCGUGUUGUUACGAAAUUUAUACAUGUUGGGGGUUAUUGACAAUAAAACUAAUAAAUUGAACCUGGUAGGUAAAAUAUUGAAAGCUUUUACUUCUAAAUAUGGUCUGGAGAUAGAUGAAACAGAACUACAAGAAUUGAUUAUUAUUUUGUUCCUAAUUAAUUCAAAUACAAUCAAAUUGAAUGAGCCAAAUAGAGAGUACAAUGGUGUUCCUAAAUUCUUCAAAGAGUUUGGAAAUGAAGAAAUAAAAUUAGCUGAUGACGAUUUGAGACAUAUAACUUUAAUUUCCAGAAUUUUCUCGCUUCACAAGUUUAAGGUUUCACCAAUUAAUUAUCAAGGUCCUAUAUCUAGGGCUUUGAUUAAUUUUAGGUCGCAUGUCAAAUUUGUUUCUAAUGCUGUCAUUAACAACAUUGAAUGUUUGUUAGUUGAUUUCAUUGUACACCAAGAAAACAGUACAAUUAAAUCAAAUUUUAAUGAUAAGGGUGAUUGGUAUAAGUUAAUCGACCAGUUACCGUUCUAUAAUGACUGUAACAACACCUUGUUGGGGAUUUUGGCAGAAAUUUAUUUUGAAUAUUCUAUCAAGCAGAAGCUUUCAUCACAAGAAUUUUCAAAAGAAGAGAUAAUCAAGAAUACCAAGGACCAUAUAUUAAAUUCAGUGUUCCAAAUUAACAAUUCCUCGUUCAAUAUUAGCGUGAAUGGGGUUAACAGUAUAACUACUAAUCAAUUACUUCAUGACUUAGACAGCGGCAUUAAAUUCUGGUCUUAUUUCAUUAAACUAGUUGAAAUUAUUCAUGCAGAGGACACUUCCUUGAUUAAUGAUACUUACUUCGAAUCGAUUCUUCAAACGGAUAAGUGGUUACAUGAAUUUGUUUGA